AUGAGGGACCACCAGAGACCACGAGGGACCACCAGGGACCAUGGAGGACCACCAGAGACCAUGGGGGACUACCAGAGAUCACGAGGGACCACGAGGAACCACGGAGGACCACACCAAAGAGCACUAGGGACCACCAGGGACCACGGUGGACCAUCAAAGACAACGAAGGACCACCAUGGACCAAGUAGGACCACCAGAGACCACAGAGGACCACCAGAGAUUACGAUGGACCACGAGGGUCCCCACAAGGGACCACAGAGGACCACCAUAGGCAGCGAGGGACCAACUAGGACCACAGAGGACCACCAGAGACCACGGACGACGACCAGAAAUCACGAGGGACCACAAGGGACCACGGAGGAACACACCCGAGACCACAAGGGACCACCAGGGACCACGGAGAACCACCAGAGACCACAAGAGACCACGAGAGACCACGGAGGACCAACAGAGACCACAACGGAACACUAG